CACAGAACAUUUAAAAACUACAACCUACCAAUAAAAAUAGAUAAAUUUUUCCUCAUACAUUACGAAGCUAUAAAAGGUACAGUAAAAUUAGCGACAAUAGAAGCAAGAAAAGAAAAAGUUGACAAGCACAUUGACAACGUCAAAAUUAAGAACGAAACACGACAACGAAGCGGAUUUUUAAAACAAAAUGCUACGCCCUCAAUAAAUCAAAAAACGUCAAAUUUGCAACAAGCUGAAGAAUUUAAAGAAAAAAGUGUAACAAUAACAAACAUAGAUUGUAAUUGUAAUGAAGAGAAUAAUGAAUCCAGCACAGUUAUAUUGGAAGUCACGCCCAUAAAUAUUUCAUCAAACUCGCCAGAGGACAUUUCAAAUUCUGUUGAACUAGAAACACGAACUGCUGUUCAAGAGAACUGGAAAAACAAAGCAGAAGAACCAAAAACACGUCUGAAAAAAUUGAAGAAAAGGAAGUAUGGUCGCCCUUGUACAGAAAUUCUGCACAUAAUCGAAGGAAAAAAAAUUGAACUAAGCUUAUUACAAAAUGGAUUAAAAAUGAAAAAAGUUUAUGUUACCAAGAAACAAAAAUAUUAUGUUGUAAAUACAUGUGCUUUUGAUGCAGUACUUCAAGGUUUGGCAGCUGCAUUUUGUGACAGUAUUGUAUACAUGCAGUUUGUAAACAAUCAAAGAGAUGAUAUUGCUGAUUUAAUAAAUUCGUUGGUAUCGGUAGGUGCAAGCCCUGCUACAUAUAGACUACGUGCAGAGAUUUUAUUUAAUUCAAAAGAUACAUUUAGAAGCAAUAAGCUUUUAAACAAUGUCAUUCAAAUUGAAUGUCAAUGUAAUGCAAUCAACGUACUGCAACGUUUUUGUAAAGUCUACCUUAGCGCUUGUGAUGUUCGAACAUGUUUAUCACCUACCUGCAACCAGGUUAUACCUAAAAUAAACAUGAUGGUGUUACCUAUAAAUAUAAAUAUACUUACCAAUAAUUUUUCUUCAUUAGAGGCAGCUAUAUCAAAUGCUGUAUUGAAAGUUAGCAAUUGUGAAUGCGGUAGCAAAAUUUCACACACUGUAAACGUGUUUGAUAAUGUCUUUAUAGACACAAACGGAUGUGGAAAAACAAUGUUACGUAACGUUCCGUUUCAUGUACAAAUUUUCAGCAAAACAUUUAUUUUACGAUCUGUAGUGAAUUUCAAACCUCCUUGUAAUUUUGAGUUAGGAAAAGAAAAAGAUGUUGUAGGACAUUAUACGUGUUAUGCUCGCCGCAUUGAUUCUACUUGGGAACUAUUUGACGAUUUGUCAGCUAAAGUGGUACAAGUGCAUGGAGAAAUUGAAGUUGAACCGCAUCUUUUACUGUAUACAGUGUAGAAGAAUGACAUUGUUAGUAAAAAAUGUAAUAUUUAAAAUAUAUAUAUUUUUUUAAA